UUUUUUUUUUUUUUUUGGUCUUGGCUUUUUGUUUUGGUUUGGUUUUGUUUUUUUUUUUUUGUUUUGUUUUGUUUUUUUUUUUUUUACCCCUCCCAUCAUGUCCUUCGCCAUGCUGCGCUCAGCCCCGGGGCGUUUUUUGUACCCGGAGAUCAGCGCCUUGUCCGAGGACGAGGAGAACAGCGAGAGCUCGGGCUCGGAGGAGAAACCGUUCCACAUGGACGGGACGGGGUUCGGGAUGAAAAGCGGGAAGAGACGGAGCGGGAAGAGCCGCGGGAGGAUGUCCCGGGAGCCGCGGCAGAGGCACACGGCGAACGCCCGGGAGCGGGACCGAACCAACUCGGUGAACACGGCGUUCACGGCGCUCCGGACGCUGAUUCCCACCGAGCCGGCCGACAGGAAACUCUCCAAAAUCGAGACCCUGCGCCUCGCCUCCAGCUACAUCUCGCACCUGGGGAACGUUCUCCUGCUGGGAGAAUCCAGCGGGAACGGGCAGCCGUGCCACGGAGCCGCGCCGGGAGCGGCGGCGGGAGCGGGGUUUUAUCCCGGGGGAGCCGCGUCUCCCGGAGGGAGAGAGGGAGGAGAGAGCGGGCAGCCCCGGCAGAUCUGCACCUUCUGCCUCAGCAACCAGAGGAGGAUGAGCAAAGACCGGGACAGGAAGUCGGGACAGCUCCGGAGCUAG